CCCCAAUACCCCUGUGCCUUUCAUUAUCUCCCCUUUCCUCUCCUUUCCAAGCACCAGCACUCUACCUCUGAAUCAUGUCCAACACCAAGUUCGAGAAGGCUGUCGCUAUUGUGCAGGGACUCCCGAAGGGAGGUCCGGUCAAGGUAUCGCAGGAGCAGCAGCUUGAGUUCUACGCUCUUUACAAACAGGGUACCAUCGGCGACGUGAACACCACGCGUCCGGGCUUGCUGGACUUCGUUGGCAAGGCGAAGUGGGACGCCUGGAAGCAGCUAGAGGGAAAGUCAAAGGAAGAGGCGCAGAAGGAGUACGUGGAACUCCUUCUCAAGGUUCUGAAGGCCAGCGGCACCUCCGAGGGUGAGCAGCUCAUCAAGGAGAUCGAGGAGGCGUAAAUACUGUAGCCGGGUUUACAUGAAUGUGCAGUGGAUGCUGCAUAAGGGUGUACGGUCGUGAAGAUACCGAUUUGUAAUAAAGACUGAAAUG